AAACCCUACUUGAAUGCUCCUCUAAAAGGAACAUCAACAUAAGAGACAUAGUACUUUUUUUACCUAUCUAAUUCACCACAAUACCCUAACCCUUGUAAUCUCUCUUUCCUUUUUGUCUCAUCCUUUACAUUACUUUACUGUUUCUUUCUCUCUGUCCCUCUAUUUAUACAUCACUUUCAUCCCUCUCAUCACAAAAACCUAAUUUCCAAAAUCAAUAAUGUCUCCACCUGGUUCAUCAAGAUGGAGCCCUACAACUGAACAACUUAUGAUCUUAGAGGAACUGUAUAGAAGUGGAAUUAGAACUCCUAGUGCUGUUCAAAUUCAGCAAAUAACUACUCACCUUUCUUUCUAUGGUAGGAUAGAAGGAAAAAAUGUUUUCUAUUGGUUUCAGAAUCAUAAGGCUAGGGAUAGACAGAAGUUAAGAAGGAAACUUAACAAACAACUGCAGCUACAGCAGCAGCAGCAGCAGCAACAACAACAACAACUACAUGUUCAUCAUUGUCAACUCAAUCAUAAUAAUAUGAUUAGUAACCAUUUUGUUGGUAGCACUUUUGGUUACCCUUUUGGAUCUAAUGCACAAGACUUUUCCUUUUUUAACUCACCUAGCUUGCUUUUUGAGGGAUCAGUAUCUGCAAAUACAUCAGAAGGGGAAAUAAAUUGCAAAUGGAAUGGUUAUAAUAACCAACAAAGUUUGAUGGAGAAGAAAGAUAUUGCAUUCAGCAACUAUGGUUGGACGACACUCAUGGAUAAUGUUAAUCAUGAAGCACCUUCAUGUUGCACUAAACCUCUCAAGACUCUUGAUCUUUUUCCACUCACAACAACAAGAAUCAAAGACUAGUAGUUCUUUAUAUAUAUAUCGCCAUGUUCAUCAACCAAAUCUCAUAAUUCUAUGUGACAUUAUUAACCUAAUUCUUUAGGACAUUAUAACCAUGAGUACCUAGUGUUGUACGUAGGACUUUUGGUUGCAUUGCAUCAUGUGAAAGAAUGAUAGAAAUGCAAUACUUUUUGGUAUAAAAAUCCUAUGGGUACUUGAUAAGUGUCCUAGAAUUAAAUACCAAGAUUAUUCUAUCC